AUGGACAGAGGUAUCGAAUUCGACGUCCUCGACGCCCAUGGUACUGAGUACCAUCGCUGGGUCUUGGAUAUAGAGCAGACCUUCAUUGCUAAGGAUUUAAUCGAGACCAUAUUCCCCGAUCCAACUCAAGAACCACCUCACAAAAGAAAAAAAUCUCAGGCGCUCAUGUUCCUUCGUAAGCAUAUCGAUCCCACACUGCGCAGGCAAUAUCAAUCGAAGCAUGAUCCAAAAGAUCUGUGGGAUGCACUCACCGAACGUUUCGGCAAUAUUCAUUCGACCUUGCUCCCAAAAUUAAUUGCUCGCUGGGAUGAAAUCCGACUUUUGGAUUACAAGAAGGUUGAUGACUUCAACAGGAAUAUGCUUUGCCUACAAGCUCAACUGAGCUCAUGUGGAGUUGAGAAAAGUGAUGCCGACAUGAUUGAAAAGACUUUCUCGACCUUCCCUGCUAAGAUCCUAAUGAACCAGUAUCAACUUGAGUUCCAAAAUAAGAGGAUUACAACAUUUAGCGACUUAAUGACUGAUACGGGUGUAUCAUUUAGCUUUUAG